AUGCUCUUCAGGAGUUUGCAUUCUAGUAGAAAACUUCAGUAUCUAAGUCUAAGGCGUUUUUCAUCUGCAACUCCCCUCGUACUUAAACCUGGUCAUCUUUUGAAAAAAGCAAGGGUUUUUACUCAGGAAGAUGUCAUUUACUACUCCAACGUAAGUCAUGAUUCUAAUCAUUUGCAUGCUGAUUCCACUGUUGCUCGAAAUGUGGGACUUGAAGGUCCACUCGUACAUGGGGUGCAUGUUGCUUCACUUUUUAAAACUACACCUCCUUAUAUCAUACGCCUUAGCAAGAUCAACUUUGAUCGCAUACAAUCCCACCUUGUUUCUCAUUCUUGCCAUGGUGUGAAGCAUUUUCUACGCUAUAACUAUGUUCUCCGAUAUAUUCCUCCCUGA